GUUCAUUAUGGAUUUAUCCUGAAAAACACUUACAAAAAUAACUCCGGUGGAGCUUUGUACAUGCUGAAAGGAAUUGAAAGUGGAGCUGAGGGAACGGAUGAUGGGCGCUUCUACUUCCACCUUGGUGAUGCACUACAGCGUGAAGGGAAGGUAGAAGAGGCAUACAAGAUAUAUGACCGUGCAGUAGCGAAAGGACUGUUUCUAGGCAGGUACCAGCGGUCUCUCUACAAUGUGGAUAGGCUCUCUUCAAGACCCUUCUGGACCCCGGAACAGACCACAUAUCAAAUGUUCUUCAGGAAGCUCGAGGAAAAUUGGGAGGCCAUACGUGAUGAGGGUGCAGCACUACUAACAGCUCCACCUCAAGAUGGUUUUCGUCCCGAGGCAGAAAAUCUUAGAGAUGUGGGAGAUUGGAAACAAUAUGACUUGUUCACUCGGGGUCGCAAGAUCACAGCUAAUUGUGUAAAGGCCCCCAGAACAUGUUCUUUGAUUGAAAACUUCCCACCAGCUGCUGUUUGUAAAAGAGGGCAGGUCAAGUUCAGUGUGAUGCAUCCAGGUACACAUGUACAUGCUCACACUGGCCCCACCAACUGUCGCCUGCGUGCUCACCUGGGUCUAGUUGUGCCAGAUGGCCUCCGCCUACGAGUUGGAAAUGAAUUUACCACUUGGCAAGAAGGUAAGAUCUUCAUAUUUGAUGACAGCUGGGAACAUGAAGUUUGGCAUGAAGGAGACUCACCUCGGCUCAUUUUGAUUGUGGACGUGUGGCAUCCAGAGCUCACAGAACACGAGAGAAAAACGCUGGUACCUAUAUAAAUAGUUUGUUUACUCUUUAGAAUGAAUACAUCAUUUCUCUGAAAUUUUUUUAAGUCAUUUAGUGAAAUGAGUAAUGGCCAGUAAUGGUUUUAUUCUAAAAUUUGCUGUCUAUGGACAGUAAACCUGCCAUUUUUAUAUUUUAAAUAACUAAACAUAUUAUCACUCCUUGCAUGGGCCACUGUAAUUAAUGUUAUGAUUUCAGAUUUCUUGUGGAUUAGGUCAUAGUUAUAUAACCCCCAAAAAGUAGUAAAGCAGUGCAAAUCGUUCUUUGGAUAUAUGAUCCGUCACUACUUUGUCUAUUUUCAAUAUCUUUUAAUGAGCCUGAUACAAAUAUUCACCCUAGUUAAUACCAACUAGCUAGCUAUGUAUUAUAACUCCAUUGAAGUUGAACCUUUGUUUUCUGUUGAGUGGGGUUUACCUCACUCAGCAUUAAAGAUCUAACAUAUUAUUGAGCAACUAUUUUGAGAAUAAAAUAUUCAUAAAGUUUAAUUUAACUAAUAGGUAUCCAAAAUUUGAAAAGUGAAACAUUGCAUAUACAAAAUACGUGAAAAUAAGGGAAAUUGACUCACAGAGACAAAGUACUUUGUAGUUUGUAGACCAGAGUUAUAUUUAUCAACAUUUGGCGAUACCUGUAAUUUAAAAAUUAUUCAUAAUUUUUUAUUUGAUGAAUAAAAGUCUCAUGGCUCAGGUAGGCUUUUAUACUCUUUCAAAAUAUAGAGUGGCUGGCUUUAGCCUACAAGCAAUUGACCUUGUAAUACUUAAAUAAAAGUUAUUUUAGCUUACAGGCAUGUGACCUAGUAAUACUGGAAUGACUUGUUUUAGUUACAAGUGUCUGACUUUGUAAUACAGGGUUUUAAAUAUUUUUGUGUUACCUAUUGAUGGGUUGCAGCUUAUUGGUGCUUAUAAUUAAAUUUUAUGCACAAAUUUAAUUUUCAUUUGGUGCUUUUUAGUUAAAUUUGAAGACAAAAAUAAAGCAAAUGAUUGGUGCUCGAGUUUUUGAAUGAUGCACACUUCAGAGGUACUGACAGAGAUAUUUAUUUAUAUGCUUCAGGAAAUAUGCAGUGCAUAGUAAUUAACAAGUACAUGUUCAGUAUUUCUAUAUUCCACAUGCUCUGCUAGUCAGGACCAGGUAAUGGUCAUAGACUACUUCCUAGUGUGCCUUACCACUGCUCAAUAUUCAGGAGUCAGUGGCCACGAGAGUUUUUGACUUUCACAUAAAUUUUAUUGGUUUAGUUAUUUCCUUGUAUUAACUAAAAGUGGUGUCAUCUUAAAUAACUCUGAGGAACUGGAAGUGUUUUUUCUUGUAUAAAUGAGUUUUGAAUGUGUGCAAUUUUGUUCAUCUGCUUGUGUGUGUGAUCAUGAUAUGUCUAAGUGGUGCACAUAGCUACAUAUGAAAUAAUCUUUUAUUUCCACUUAUAGAAUAUAAAGAUUCGUGGCCACUGUACUACACAGAAAUGUUAACUAAUGUACGAAAGGCUUGAUCAAAAGAGAGAACCCUUGAGAAAGUUUGAAUGGUACCAGUGUUUAAUUUUUUUACAUGCAUCUCAUUAUUUAUUGAAAUUACUGUAUGCUACUCUUUUAAACAAGCCUUUCAGAUGUUAAUAUCUUACCAUCAUUGAAACUGCUAAUCAUGCAAGAUAGUCAUAAUUAUGGUUUGUCAGCAUUAAAAAAUGUUAGAUUAAGGGAAGAAAGUUUGUAAACUCGUACAAAUAUUUAAAGAAAAUCAAGAUCGCAAUUAUAUAUGGCUGGAAAAGUUUGUGCAAUGUGAUUUUUUAUAUACCAUUAUUCUACGUUAUCGACUUCAGUGCUGGAUGAUCAGCGGCUAUUCAAUUUUCUCAAGAUUAAUAGAUACAAAUUAAUAGAGUCUGGUGGAAAGAUGGCUUAAGGUAAUAUUUUGUAGUGUUGUACCUAUCCUGCAUAAUGAGAGCUAUAUAUCCUGCAUAAGGGAUAAUGGGUAUUGUAUUAUUUUCCUCCUAUUUUAAGAAGCCUGCUAGGAUGGUUUUGUUCUGUGUACAAGGACAUUUUUUAUGGAUGGUUCCUUUUUUGCUAAAUAAAGGGAUAUUGUUA